AUGACUGGAGGCGGCAAGUCCGGCGGCAAGGCCAGCGGCUCCAAGAGCGCGCAAUCUCGUUCCUCCAAGGCUGGUCUGGCGUUCCCCGUCGGCCGUGUCCACCGUCUUCUCCGCAAGGGCAACUACGCUCAGCGUGUCGGUGCCGGUGCACCCGUCUACCUGGCCGCCGUUCUCGAGUACCUCGCUGCUGAGAUUCUCGAGCUGGCUGGCAACGCCGCCCGUGACAACAAGAAGACCCGUAUCAUCCCCCGCCACCUGCAACUCGCCAUCCGGAACGAUGAGGAGCUGAACAAGCUCCUGGGUCACGUCACCAUCGCCCAGGGUGGUGUCCUGCCUAACAUCCACCAAAACCUCCUGCCCAAGAAGACCGGCAAGACGGGCAAGAACGCGAGCCAAGAGCUGUAG